UCUGUUCUAGGCGUAGAGUUUAUUUCUAUGUCCCAGGACAUUUUCGGCAGGCACCGACGACAGCAAUCAUGGAGGCGUCGAUGGCCAUCGGUCCCGCCGAAAACGUGCCCGCUAACAACGAGGGCAUAUUAAUCGGUGAUAAAGUUUAUUCUGAAGUCUUCCUCACCAUAGACAAUUCUCUGAUCCCGGAGGAAAAGCUCUCCCCUACCCCGUCUAUGCAGGAUGGCCUGGACCUCCAUACCGAGACCUAUCUGAGGAUCCUGGGCUGUGAACUCAUCCAGUCCGCCGGUAUCCUGCUGCGCAUGCCGCAGGUUGCUAUGGCGACCGGACAAGUGCUUUUUCAUCGCUUCUUCUACUCGAAGUCCUUCGUGAAACAUAGUUUCGAGAUUGUUGCCAUGGCCUGCAUUAAUCUGGCUUCAAAAAUUGAAGAAGCCCCUCGAAGAGUAAGGGACGUCAUCAAUGUCUUUCAUCAUUUAAGGCAGCUCCGAGGCAAAAGGAGUCCAAGCCCAUUGAUACUUGAUCAGAACUACAUAAACACCAAAAACCAGGUGAUAAAAGCUGAGCGGCGCGUGCUGAAGGAGCUGGGCUUCUGCGUCCACGUCAAACACCCACACAAGAUUAUUGUUAUGUACCUACAAGUUCUUGAAUGUGAGAAGAAUCAAACAUUGGUCCAGACUGCCUGGAACUACAUGAACGACAGCCUUCGCACUAAUGUGUUUGUAAGAUUUCAAGCUGAGACCAUCGCCUGUGCCUGCAUUUACCUCGCUGCUCGAGUGCUACAGAUAGCGUUACCUGCUCGGCCACAAUGGUACCUGCUGUUUGGUGCUACGGAAGAAGAGAUCAAAGAUAUCUGUACAACCACUCUGAAGCUGUACACCAGAAGAAAGCCAAAUUAUGAAUUGCUGGAGAAGGAAGUGGACAAGCGGAAGGUGGCUUUGCAGGAAGCCAAACUGAAGGCCAAAGGACUGAAUGCCGAUGGCACUCCUGCACUCUCCACGUUGGGUGGAUUCUCUCCUGGAUCCAAACCAUGUUCACCUAAUGUAACGAAAGCAGAUGAGAAAUCUCCAAACCCUCAAAUGCUCAAGGCUUUGAAGAAGGAACCAGAAGACAGACCUCAGGGCUCCAAGAGCCCACACAACGGACUCAGGAAAGAUACUAAGUCAGGUCGAAACAGUAGGAGUGCGAGUCGUUCUCGUUCCCGAACAAGAUCACGGUCCAGAUCCCGCUCUCCCAGGCGGCAUUACAAUAACAGACGCAGUCACUCAGGCACCUUCAGCUCUCGUUCCCGGAGCCGCUCUCACAGCCGCAGCCCGUCUCCACAGCAACACACCAACAACGGCCCUCCAUCUCCUGUCCUGCCACGCUUGAAGUCAAAGCACCGCCCUGACGAGCUGCACCCACACAGCAGACACGGUCACAAGAGGAAACACUCACGAAGCCGUUCUCGCUCCAACAGCAAACAGCGCGAGCGGGACAGAGAGCGAGAGAGAGAGCGCGACCGGAAUCGAGGCUCCUCGGACCUGGUCAAGAAGCACAAGCACGAACGUAGCGGUGGUGGCCAUCACCGUGACCGGCGGGAACGCUCGCGCUCAUACGAACGCUCUCACAAAAGCAAACACCACAGCAGCAGCCAUUCAAGCCACAGUCGCCACAGACGCUGAGUUGGUUUUCCUCCAUAAUGUCAGGUCUGUGUGGCUGCGGGCAUGUCUGCUGAACUGUCGUGUAGAAGUGGUCGACACUGACCUUUACUUGUCUGUUUUACUUAUUUUGAUUUUGAGUUCUCUUGUUUUGGCGUUUUAGUUUUUAAUGUUAUAAAAGACUAUGAAACUACAUAUUUACAGUGUAAAGAUGGUUUAAAUGUUGAUGUAAUAUGGGAAAUGCUUUGAUUUAUAAAAGCAACCUUUUUCAAAAGGUGGGAAAAUCACUAGUUACAAACUAAUGUUUUCAGGAAAGACACCAAUAUUUUGCACAGAUAUAGGAAUAAUUCAUAAAGAAGCUCUACUGGUGAAAGAAAAUUGGUUUCUCUGUAAAAUAGAUCUUUUUUUGUUUUUUUUUUUUUUUUUUACAGUUGCAGAUGCAGACUGUUUUCUUUUUGUUUGUUUUUUUUGGAUCGUGGUGACUUUGUUACACUGGUUUACAUCAGAUUUUUACUCAAUAAAAAGUGACUUAUUCCUACUGUCAA